AUGGCGACGGGCGGCGGGCAGCAUCUGCCCGCCCUGCUGCUGCUGCUGCUGCUGCUCCGGCCGUGCGAGGUGAGCGGCCGGGAGCCGGCGUGUCCCCGUCCGUGCGGCGAGCGCUGCCCGGCCGAGCCGCCGCGCUGCGCCCCGGGCGUGCCCGCCGUGCUGGACGGCUGCUCCUGCUGCCUGGUGUGCGCCCGGCAGCGCGGCGAGCGCUGCUCCGCGCUGCUGCCCUGCGACGAGAGCAGCGGCCUCUUCUGCGACCGCGGCCCCGAGGACGGCGCGGCCGCCGGCAUCUGCAUGGUGCUGGAGGGAGACAACUGCGUGUUUGAUGGGAUGAUUUAUCGCAACGGGGAGACGUUCCAGCCCAGCUGCAAGUACCAGUGCACCUGUCGCGACGGCCAGAUCGGCUGCCUGCCCCGCUGCAACCUGGACCUGCUGCUCCCCGGCCCCGACUGCCCCUUCCCCAGAAAAGUCGAGGUCCCUGGAGAGUGCUGUGAGAAGUGGGUCUGCGACCCUGACGAUGAAGUGAUUUUGGGAGGUUUUGCUAUGGCUGCCUACAGGCAAGAGGCCACACUCGGGAUUGAUGUGUCAGAUUCAAGUGCCAAUUGUAUUGAGCAGACAACAGAAUGGAGUGCUUGUUCCAAGAGCUGUGGAAUGGGCUUUUCCACCCGCGUUACCAACAGGAAUCAGCAGUGUGAAAUGGUGAAGCAGACACGGCUUUGCAUGAUAAGACCUUGUGAAAAUGAAGAGUCACCCGAUAAGAAGGGGAAGAAAUGUAUCCGGACAAAGAAGUCUGUGAGGGCUGUUCGCUACGAGUACAAGAACUGCACGAGUGUGCAGACGUACAGACCCCGUUACUGCGGCCUCUGCAGCGACGGGCGCUGCUGCACCCCACACAACACCAAAACCAUCCAGGUUGAGUUCCGCUGCCCCCAGGGCAAAGUCCUAAAAAAGCCAGUGAUGUUGAUCAACACCUGUGUCUGUCACAACAACUGUCCUCAGAGUAAUGUUGUUUUCUUCCAGCCGUUAGAUCCCACAUCUAGUGAAGCAAAAAUAUGAAAAGUAUAAAUUGAUAGUGCAAAAAGUAUAAGCAGGUUAUACAAAACUUGA